AUGGCGGACAAGCCAGGACUGCCGCUCUGCAGAAAGGUUUGCUAUGCUGUUGGGGGCAUUCCCUACCAGAUGACAGGCAACGCCCUUGGGUUUUUCCUCCAAAUCUUCCUCUUGGAUGUUGUGCAGCUGGAGCCAUUCCAUGCCUCUCUGAUCAUUUUCCUUGGAAGAGCCUGGGAUGCGGUUACUGACCCUGUUAUUGGCUUCCUGGUCAGCAAAAGCCCGAGGAGAAAAUGUGGCAAGCUGGUCCCAUGGAUUGCGUGCUCCAUGCCAUUUGGGGUGCUCUGCUACUGCAUGAUGUGGUUCACCCUCUCAGAUGCCACCCCCACCUCCUUGAAAUUCCUGUGGUACCUCUUCAUGUACAGCUUCUUCCAGACUUGCAUGACUUGCCACCACGUGCCGUACUCUUCCCUGACAAUGUUCCUGGGAGGAACCCAGAGAGACCGUGACUCAGCCACUGCCUACAGAAUGGGGAUGGAGGUGCUCAGCACGCUCCUUGGGUCAGGAAUCCAGGGGCAGAUUGUGGGCAGUUACCAUGCCCACAUGACGAACGGCUGUUACGUGUCAAACAAGACCCUGCCCAACACCAGCACCUACAGCCUCACGGACUCUCUGGAGAACACGCGUAGGGCCUAUGUAUUUGCAUCCCUGGUCCUAGGCUCAAUCUAUUGCCUGUCCUGUCUGAUUCUCAUCUUUGGAGUCAGGGAGCAGCCUGGGCUCCUCAGCCCCCUGGGGAAGGUUGAGCUGCCCUUUGCCAGCUGCCUGAGGAUGAUCGUGGGACACAAGCCCUACACCCUUCCAGGUCACAGCUUCCCUCUCUAUUCCCUUUUGGCAGUGGUUUUUGGGGAGAUUUGGAAAGAAAACAGCAGCAUCACUGGGCCUGGCGGUGACCAAGAGUAA